AUGGGAACUUUAUUCUCGCAGCUGCAGGGCGCCUCUAGCGAGGAAGUUUCCUUUGCAUCCUCCCAAGCUUCCAUUGCAUACUCACACCGUUUCAUCGUCGCCACCGAUCAGGGACGAACGGGAACUGAACGGGUCGGAAAAGACGCCGAAAGAGUGGCGGCGGACGCCCGAGGAAUCAUGGCCAUGGACGACCUCGCCACCCAUCAGUCGGCGCUGCCGAACCUCCGCGACCUCACCGGCCUCACGCCGAGCCUCACGCCGGGACUCGUCUUCCGCUCCGCCGCGCCGGCGCCGACACCCUCGGCCGGCGCCGCCCUCGCCUCCCUCGGCAUCACGCACAUAUUCGACCUCCGGUCCGCCACCGAACUCGACGGCGCCCUCGUCAUCGUCGAGGUGCCGCCGCCGAUCCAGCGUCGGCACGUGCCCGUCUUCACGCGCGACGACGACAACGACGACUUUGCGCCCGAAGCCGUCGCCUGGCGGUACCGCGCCUACACGGCCGAGGACACCGUCACGGGCUUCCGCGAUGCCUACGCCGCCAUCCUGCGGGCCGCCCCUCGUGCCUUUGCCGAGGUUCUCGCCCACCUCGCGCAGCCGGAUCCCACGCCUUGCCUCGUCCACUGCACCGCCGGCAAGGACCGCACCGGCGUCCUCUGCGCACUCCUCCUCACCCUCUGCGGCGUUCCCGAUCAGCUCGUCGCGCGCGAGUACGCGCUCACCGAGGAUGGCCUCCGUCCCCUGCGUGCCGACAUUGUUCAAAGGUUGCGGCGCAUGCCCGCGUUGGAUGGCGAUCUCGCCGCCGCCGAGAGGAUGCUGAGUGCAAAACCCGAGAGUAUGCUCGCCACCCUCGACAUGGUCCGUCAAGAGUAUGGCUCCGCCGAGGACUAUGUCAUCAACCAGUGCGGCCUCUCCGCCCAACAGCUGGCGCAGCUUCGCCGGAACCUGGGUGCCUCCGACGCGCAGACGGCAGCCUCUGAGCCGCCGACCUCGACGAUGCGACAGACGCGUUGUGCUGAUCUUGUCAUAUAA